AUGGGUGAGUUUGUAACGGGUCGUCAGCACGUGGGGUUUCUGCAUCCUCUAGGACUAGCGCCCACAGUUUGAUAUACUCGCAACACAGGGUGCACCGAGAGUAACCAAUUCCUAACUAGUGAACCAGUUUUAGUACAUUAUGAACAAGGUGAUAUAUGUUACGAUUCUCAUGGUCUACGCUGGUCUGUGCUACGCCAAAGAUUAUUUCAUAGCUGCGGAGGAAAGAGAAUGGGACUACGCUCCGCAAAGCUUUUCUGAGUCCACAAAGGAAGGCCAACGGUCGGCAAAGUUUUACCUCAAUGACGAUCGGCAUAGGAUCGGUUCGACUUACAAAAAAGCUAUCUUUGUGGAGUAUACAGACGACACGUUCACAAGAGAGAGAAGCAAGCCCAAAUGGCUGGGUUACCUCGGUCCCAUCCUCCAGGCGAACGAAGGAGAAACACUGGUCGUCCACUUCAGGAACAAGGCCAGUCGUAACUACUCCAUGCACCCCCACGGGGUAUUAUACGACAAAGAGAGCGAGGGCAUGCCGUACGAAGAUGACAAUCCGAUGACAUCAGACUUUGUACCACCUGGCGGCAAUCACACGUACAAGUGGAAGGUGACGUCUCGUGACAGCCCGGCGGCGGGGGAUCCCGAGUGUCUUGUGUGGCUGUACAGCUCUCACGUCGAUGCGAUCAAGGACAUUAAUUCAGGACUGGUCGGCCCAUUGGUCACCUGUAAAAAGGGAGGCAUGGACGGACAGUAUAUCCGCCACGAGUUCAUUUUGUAUUUUAACGUUGUGGAUGAAAACAAGAGCUGGUAUCUACAAGACAAUGUGGACAAUCACUGUUGGGACUCACAGGGUGUUGACAUCUCCGACCCGGCCUUCAUGGAAAGCAACAGGAUGCAUAAUAUAAACGGUUACUCGUUCGGAAAUUUACCCGAUCUGGAUGUUUGUGUAAACAGCAAAGUUAGAUGGCAUUUGAUUGGUGGAGGAGUUGACAUCCACACAGUCAAUUUCCAUGGACAGUCCCUCGUGCAUAACCACCACAGGGUUUCCUCGGUAAGCCUCUACCCGUCUCAAUUCUCUACCGUCACUAUGAAGGCUCAAAACAAAGGCAGAUGGCUCGUGAAGUGUCAAGUCCACAACCAUUUCAGUGCUGGCAUGAAGGCAUUCCUGAAUGUAAAUCACUGUCGGCGCAGAGAGAUGCCGUAUAGUCUGACAGGAAAGAUCCGACGGUAUUACAUUGCCGCUAUAGAGACGAUAUGGGACUACGCACCUUCGGGCAUAGACGUGUUCAACAAUCAGAAUCUGACACAGAAUAACAGUCACUCACAGUUUUUCUUUCAACGUGGACCUGACCGAAUCGGUGGAAAAUACAAAAAAGUUGUGUUUCGAGGCUACACUGACUCCACCUUCCGGCGACAGCAACAUCGUUCCAGAUCACAGCGCCACCUGGGUCUACUCGGUCCCGUAAUACGCGGCGAGGAAGGGGAUUUAAUAAAGGUGGUGUUCAGGAAUCGUGCCAGUCGCCCGUACAGCAUUCACCCACAAGGGGUCAACUACAACAAGUUUAAUGAAGGUGCUCGUUACCAUGACGACACGAGAGAUGUUGCUAAGGCAGACGACGAAGUACUUCCGGGCAAAACGAAGACGUACUAUUGGACAAUGUCCCGAAGCAUGGCACCAAAACAUGAUGACGCAGACUGCCUGACGCACAUGUACACUUCCGGUGUGGAUACCGUUAGGGACACAUACAGCGGUUUGAUAGGACCCAUGCUAGUCUGCAAGCGAGGAACUUUAGACGAAGGAAAAAAGUCCUAUCAAAAAAGAAUGGAUCAUGAGUACUUCCUGUUGUUCACGGUGAUUGACGAGAACCUUUCCUGGUAUUUGAGUGACACCAUGGAUCAGUUUAUCCACGAACCAAACAAAGUGGACACCCAGAACAAAAUGUUCAAGAAGUCCAACAUGAUGUACAGUAUCAACGGCUUUGUGUACGGAAAUCUGAACGACCUUGACAUGUGUCCGGGAGAUCUAGUGAGCUGGCACGUGCUGGCUCUGGGGUCAGAGGUCGACAUUCACUCCAUCUACUUCCACGGUCACACAGUUCUAGAGGGAGAGAACCGGCGCAGUACCGUAACGGUUCAGCCCGGCUCACACCACACUCUGGUCAUGGAAGCUGAUGCGGAGGGUGACUGGGCUAUCGUCUGUCGGACACACGAGCACUACAAUGCCGGCAUGGUCGCCAUAUUUCAUUCUCACCAGUGCGAGGAAGGCUACAGACAUAAGAAGGAUUUGAAUUCCGAGGGCAGCGCAGCGAACCCUCCGAAUGUCAUCCCUGUCAGGUCAGAACGGACGUUCUACAUAGCGGCUGAGGAGGUCACGUGGAAUUACGUCCUAUCUGGCAAGGAUGGUGUAAAAGGGGGAUCGAUCGAAGAUCCGAAACAUCGUGGCUAUAACUUUUUGAGGCACACAGAGGGUUAUCUAGGAACUACUUACAAAAAGGUUGUGUACAGAGAAUACCACAGUGAAAACUUCCAGUUCCGGAAGGACCGUUUUCGGAUUGCCGGAGGUAUGGAGCCAAUAUACGGGCCCGUUAUAAAGGCGGAAGUCGGAGACGUCAUACAUGUCCACUUCAAGAACAAUGCUUUUAGACCAUUUUCAAUUCAUGGCCAAGGUGUGGCCUACAACAAAUCGUCAGAGGGUUGUGCUUACAUGAAUGCCUCUUGGCAGGACAGUGGUGUGGUGGAUGCCGGAGGUAAUUAUACCUACGUAUGGACCGUCACCCCUGCCUCAGGACCCGGUCCCAAAGAUCCCAACUGUAUCACCCACAUGUACUAUUCGGCGGUGGACCCGGUGCGGGACACGAAUUCAGGCCUGGUCGGGCCCCUGAUCAUCUGCCGAAAAGGUACCCUAACCGGAAGUGGUGAAAGGGCUGAUAUCUCUCCAAGCCCGCGGGAGUUUGCGCUGCUAUUUGCCAUAUUUGAUGAGAAUUUAAGUUGGUAUUUGGACGAGAAUAUUGCCACGUACGGAACAAAUGUUGAUAAAACAAGUGAGGAAUUCAUCAAAAGUAAUAAAAUACCAGGCGUCAACGGCUUGUCCCUAGGUAAUCUGGUGGUGGAUAUGGGAACUAACGGCAAUGUGGAGUGGUACCUCAUGGCAAUAGGGGCAGAGUCCGACAUACAUUCCAUACAUUUUCAUGGACAUACAUUCGUCCAGUCCAAAUAUAAGAAACAUCGACGCGAUACGAUAGGUUUAUUUCCGGGAACUACAGCCACGGUCUCUAUGAAGACGGACAAUCCGGGUCUUUGGUUGUUACACUGUCACGUGAACAACGAACCAAUGAUCGGCAUGGAAAUGAAAUAUGAAGUGGUCGAUAGGCAUUUGAACUUUGGGUCGUCAUAGAUCGAUGAGUUGGUGGGAAAUGCCGGAUAUCGUUUAGGAGGUGAUGUUUAAACAGUUUUAAAGUUUUAAGUGAAGGCAAAUAUGCAAAGGACGUAAGGUGAUAGGCUUGUCAAGGUAUAGACGAGAAAAUUCUUUGUCGUAAUAUGUGAAUAUGUCAUCUCACGGACACCUGAAUAACAAAAGUUAUUCUGUUUAUGGUCUCGUGAAGUCCAUAGCAACGUAAAUCAGGUGUUACUUCUGUGACAAUGCUGCAUCCAAUGGCUGUUUCCAUGACUACCCAGAUACAUGACCUGAACCAAUCUUGCUUGAUCGUAUUAUUUAUAUGACCGCUCUACACCUCUACGACGUGCUUAGUUGGAUGUUUAUAAUAAAAAAAAGAUUAUAAUAAGAUAUAGUAAGAUUAUUAUGAGAUAAGAUGAUAAUUUGAGCGGUAAAUCAGUCAAAAAGGGAUAGUAUGCACUGUGUGAUAAGCUGAUGACACAAGGAAAGAAAUGGAGUGAAAUGUGAAAUAAAUUGUGUGCAUGACAUCCAAAGUUUCCAGCCCAUAGUUAUUCUGUCUCUGCCUGGAGAAACUGCAUACAUAACCAUGCUUUGAAUGAUUUCAAACUGUGCUGUAUAUGUAUUUGUAUGUCAGUACAUGUAUGUGUGUUUUUCGUUUUAAUUUAUCUGUAGUAGUUGUAACUACAGUAGUUGUUGGUUAGUUGCAUUUUCCUUUCAGAUAUUGAACCUACAUUUGUGUAUUUAAACCGGGCAUUUUCUGUAUUUGUAACAUGCAACACUUUGAAGUUGUAUUAAAUCUUUAAACCUUUUAUACGCCGUACCACACUUAUAAACAUGUACAUAUACUAAAUAUCUGGCAAUUCCAUGUAUGUAUAGUCUCAAGCCCCUUUGUCUUAUUUUACUGUGACUGUCCGUUAAAUGCAAAAUGUGCAACACCGCAUUUUGACUAAUUCUAGACUGGUGACGUAUAAUACUUUGCAGUUAACAUCAUUGCGUAUUCUUUACCUAAUUCUACUUAAGCCAUGGUGCUAGGGGCUUGUAA